GCCUGCCUCUGGUGGCCAGGCCUGCGCCUGCCCCAGACCCUAUAAGGCCUGGGAGCUGAAAGCAGAGCCAGCUGUCAGCUGCGCCACCAGUCACUCCAAAGGACCCUCACACAGUCUAGCUGCUUAGAGUAUUAACAUGUCUGCUCAAGGGGAAGGAGGCCGGGAGCCCAAACCCAAGGGCAAGAUCCUGGGCAGCUUCCUGGGGUUCCUGCCUGGCUUCAGUUCUGCUCGGAACCUGGUGGCCAAUGCCCAAGGCCCAGCGAGAGAGGUCCAGCCAGUCACUGAUCCUGCAGGUGCUACCACCCCCCAAGCCACCCAUCCCCAAGCCCAGGCUCCUGUCCCCAUAGCAGCUACCAGCCCGAAGCAGAUGGCAAGGGAGGUGGAGAUGCUGCCGCUGCCUUCAGACAAGAUGACGUCUGGGGCAAAGGAUCUGGUGAGCUCCACAAUGACCAAAACCAAGGAUGCCUUCUCCUCCGGAGUGGCCAACAUGGUGGAUUCAGCUAAAGGAGUAGUCCAGGGAGGACUCGGGAUGACCCGACCUGUGCUCACAGGAACCAAGGAAGCUGUGGCCAGUGGAGUCACGGGAACAGUAGGUGUGGCCAAGGGUGCCAUCCAAACUGGCAUGGACACCACCAAGACCCUCCUCACUGGCACCAAAGACACAGUGUCCACUGGCCUUACUGGGGCCAUAGAUAUGGCCAAGGGCACUGUCCAGACUGGCGUGGACACCACCAAGACCGCCCUCACUGGCACCAAAGAUGCAGUGUCCACAGGCCUUACUGGGGCCAUAGGUAUGGCCAAGGGCGCCGUCCAGACUGGCAUGGACACCACCAAGACCGUCCUCACUGGCACCAAGGACGUGGUGUCCACUGGCCUCACUGGGGCAAUGGGCGUGGCCAAGGGCACUGUCCAGACUGGCGUGGACACCACCAAGACCGUCCUCACUGGCACCAAACAAACAGUGUCCACUGGCCUCACUGGGGCCAUAGGUAUGGCCAAAGGCACUGUCCAGACUGGCGUGGACACCACCAAGACUGUCCUCACUGGCACCAAAGACACAGUGUCCACUGGUCUCACUGGGGCCAUGGGUGUGGCCAAGGGUGCUGUCCAGACUGGCAUGGACACCACCAAGACCGUCCUCACUGGCACCAAAGAUGCAGUGUCCACAGGCCUCACUGGAGCCAUAGGUAUGGCCAAGGGCGCUGUCCAGACUGGCAUGGACACCACCAAGACUGUCCUCACUGGCACCAAAGACACAGUGUCCACUGGCCUCACUGGGGCAAUGGGUGUGGCCAAGGGUGCUGUCCAGACUGGCAUGGACACCACCAAGACUGUCCUCACUGGCACCAAAGACACAGUGUCCACUGGCCUCACUGGGGCCAUCGGUGUGGCCAAGGGUGCCGUCCAGACUGGCGUGGACACCACCAAGACUGUCCUCACUGGCACCAAAGACACAGUGUCCAGUGGCUUGACUGGGGCAAUGGGUGUGGCCAAGGGCGCUGUCCAGACUGGCGUGGACACCACCAAGACCGUCCUCACUGGCACCAAAGACGCAGUGUCCACAGGCCUCACUGGAGCCAUAGGUAUGGCCAAGGGCGCUGUCCAGACUGGCAUGGACACCACCAAGACUGUCCUCACUGGCACCAAAGACACAGUGUCCACUGGCCUCACUGGGGCAAUGGGUGUGGCCAAGGGUGCUGUCCAGACUGGCAUGGACACCACCAAGACCGUCCUCACUGGCACCAAAGACACAGUGUCCACUGGCCUCACUGGGGCCAUCGGUGUGGCCAAGGGUGCCGUCCAGACUGGCGUGGAUACCACCAAGACUGUCCUCACUGGCACCAAAGACACAGUGUCCACUGGUCUCACUGGGGCCAUGGGUGUGGCCAAGGGCGCUGUCCAGACUGGCGUGGACACCACCAAGACCGCCCUCACUGGCACCAAAGACGCAGUGUCCACAGGCCUCACUGGAGCCAUAGGUAUGGCCAAGGGCGCUGUCCAGACUGGCAUGGACACUAGCAAGACCGUCCUCACUGGCACCAAAGACGCAGUGUCCAGGGGCUUGACUGGGGCCAUGGGUGUGGCCAAGGGCGCUGUCCAGACUGGCGUGGACACCACCAAGACUGUCCUCACUGGCACCAAAGACACAGUGUCCACUGGCCUCACUGGGGCCAUCGGUGUGGCCAAGGGUGCUGUCCAGACUGGCGUGGACACCACCAAGACCGUCCUCACUGGCACCAAAGACACAGUGUCCAGUGGCUUGACUGGGGCCAUGGGUGUGGCCAAGGGUGCCGUCCAGACUGGCCUGGACACCACCAAGACUGUCCUCACUGGCACCAAAGACGCAGUGUCCACUGGCCUCACUGGGGCCAUCGGUGUGGCCAAGGGUGCUGUCCAGACUGGCGUGGACACCACCAAGACCGUCCUCACUGGCACCAAAGAUGCAGUGUCCACAGGCCUUACUGGGGCCAUGGGUGUGGCCAAGGGCGCUGUCCAGACUGGCGUGGACACCACCAAGACCGUCCUCACUGGCACCAAGGACGCAGUGUCCACAGGCCUUACUGGGGCCAUGGGUGUGGCCAAGGGCGCUGUCCAGACUGGCGUGGACACCACCAAGACCGUCCUCACUGGCACCAAAGAUGCAGUGUCCACAGGCCUUACUGGGGCCAUGGGUGUGGCCAAGGGUGCUGUCCAGACUGGUGUGGACACCACCAAGACUGUCCUCACUGGCACCAAAGACACAGUGUCCACUGGCCUCACUGGUGCAAUGGGUGUGGCCAAGGGCGCUGUCCAGACUGGCGUGGACACCACCAAGACUGUCCUCAGUGGCACCAAAGACACGGUGUCCACUGGCCUCACUGGGGCCAUAGGUAUGGCCAAGGGUGCUGUCCAGACUGGCAUGGACACCACCAAGACUGUCCUCACUGGCACCAAAGACACAGUGUCCACUGGCCUCACUGGGGCAAUAGGUGUGGCCAAGGGCGCUGUCCAGACUGGCGUGGACACCACCAAGACUGUCCUCACUGGCACCAAGGAUGUAGUGUCCACUGGCCUCACUGGGGCCAUGGGUGUGGCCAAGGGUGCUGUCCAGACUGGCGUGGACACCACCAAGACUGUCCUCACUGGCACCAAGGACGUGGUGUCCACUGGCCUCACUGGGGCCAUGGGUGUGGCCAAGGGCGCUGUCCAGACUGGCAUGGACACCACCAAGACCGUCCUCACUGGCACCAAAGAUGUCAUGUCCACUGGCCUCACUGGGGCCAUCGGUAUGGCCAAGGGUACUGUCCAGACUGGCGUGGACACCACCAAGACUGUCCUCACUGGCACCAAAGACACAGUGUCCACUGGCUUGACUGGGGCAAUGAGUGUGGCCAAGGGCGCUGUCCAGACUGGCAUGGACACCACCAAGACCGUCCUCACUGGCACCAAGGACACAGUGUCCACUGGCCUCACUGGGGCCAUGGGUGUGGCCAAGGGCGCUGUCCAAACAGGCAUGGACACCACCAAGACAGUCCUCACUGGCACCAAAGAUGUCAUGUCCACUGGCCUUACUGGGGCCAUCGGUAUGGCCAAAGGCACUGUCCAGACUGGCAUGGACACCACCAAGACCGUCCUCACUGGCACCAAAGAUGUCAUGUCCACUGGCCUCACUGGGGCCAUCGGUAUGGCCAAGGGUACUGUCCAGACUGGCGUGGACACCACCAAGACCGUCCUCACUGGCACCAAAGACACAGUGUCCAGUGGCUUGACUGGGGCAAUGAGUGUGGCCAAGGGCGCUGUCCAGACUGGCGUGGACACCACCAAGACCGUCCUCACUGGCACCAAGGACACAGUGUCCACUCGCCUCACUGGGGCCAUGGGUGUGGCCAAGGGCGCUGUCCAAACAGGCAUGGACACCACCAAGACAGUCCUCACUGGCACCAAAGAUGUCAUGUCUACUGGCCUUACUGGGGCCAUAGGUAUGGCCAAAGGCACUGUCCACACUGGGGUGGACACCACCAAGACUGUCCUCACUGGCACCAAAGACGCAGUGUCCACUGGCCUCAUUGGGGCCAUGAGUGUGGCCAAGGGCGCCAUCCAGUCUGAGAUGGGCAGUGUCCAGAAUUGGUUACCUGGCUCUGAGGAGACCUCCUAUAGUGGACUCAUCAACGGCAGGGACCUGGACAAAUGUGGGGAAGAAAGUAUUCUUAGCCCCCAGGAGGCUCAGUCUUGCAGGGUCUCCAGCCUCUCUAACACUCCAUGUGCAGGCCAGGACCUUGCCAGAGAAGCCACCCCUGACAGCCACAGCCUUGUUUCUACUGCAGUAACAUUCACACAAGGUACGAGCCUGGGCAAGGAAAAUGCUGGGCGUAUAGCUACCACAUGCGGCCAUGAAGGUGUCACAGGUUUUACGAGACUCUCGGAUGAGCUGGAGGAGCUGGGGGAGAUCUUCCACCCUAUGAAUGCUGAGGAGCAAGCUCAGUUGGCAGCCUCUGAGACUGAGCCCAGAGUUCCUGCAGGAGACCAGAGGAGCUACUUCGUGCGUCUCGGUGACCUGGCCCACAGCGUCCGCCAGCGAGCCUUCGAGCACGCCCUGAGCCACCUGCAGCACGGCCAGUUCCAAGCCAGAGCCACACUGGCCCUGCUUGAGGACUCCUUCAGUACGAUUGAAAAGGCCAAGCAGGCUCCAGAAGGACAGCCAUGGCCAGAUCCAGGUCCAAGGGGCGGAGUGGAGAAAGCCGGUACCCAAGAGGGGCCAGAUUCGGAGGCUCUGUCCAGAACCCGUGGACUCAUCCAGCAGCUCCACGUGGCCUACAGCACCCUGGCCUCCGGCCUCCAGGGUCUUCCGGCUGAGCUCCAGCAGCGUGUGAGGCAAGCGCGGCACAGCCUCUGUGAGCUCUAUGGCGUCGUCUCCUCUGCCAGCUCCGUCACAGAGCUGCCAACCGAGCGCCUGGCCCAGAGCCGUGAGCGUGUAGUCCAGGCCUGGCGAGGGCUGGAGAAGCUGCUGGAGAGUGUGCAGCACAGCCCCCCACUCAGCUGGCUGGUGGGGCCCUUUGACCUGCACCCUGGUGGACAGCAGCUAUAGG